AGUGUUGGCUUCAUUGAUUACUGUCAACCUGUGCUGUCAACCUCAGCUGGUCAGCUGUCAACCUGACCUGAUAUAACCCAACCAAACCCAACUUUUUUGAACGGCAUGUUUUCGUUUUUCAUAUUACCAUAAUUUUCUCGAUUAAUUAAAAGUGAUAAUGGAACCAAUCAACUUUGAUCAGCAAGAACAAAUACGCCUAAUACGAUGUUGUAUGUGUGGCUUGGAGAUCGAACCCAAUCCAGCCAAUAUGUGCGUAGGCUGCUUGAGGAAUCAAGUUAAUAUCACAGAGGGAAUUCCCGAACAGGCAUCCCUUUAUUUUUGCCGAGGCUGCGAAAGAUACUUUCACCCUCCGUCCGAAUGGAUCCACUGUGCUUUAGAAUCCAGAGAAUUACUAUCGAUAUGCUUGAAAAAAUUAAAAGGCCUUAACAGGCUUAAACUUGUCGAUGCGGGAUUUGUCUGGACGGAGCCCCAUUCUAAAAGAAUUAAGGUUAAGUUAGUUGUUCAUGGUGAAGUAAUGGGUGCAGUGCUUCAGAAGGAAUUUAUAGUGGUUUACACCAUAACGCAUCAGAUGUGUGACGAGUGUCAUCGGUCUGAAGCAAAAGAUUUUUGGAAGGCUUCGGUUCAAGUGAGGCAAAAAGCAGAGAACAAAAAGACAUUUUAUUAUUUGGAGCAAUUAAUUUUGAAACACAAAGCUCACGAAAAUACCUUGGGUAUUAAGCCUAUUCAUGGUGGUAUUGAUUUCUUUUAUGCCACAGAAGCACACGCAAAGAAAAUGGUCGAUUUCCUAACUACAGUUUUACCUUGUAAAUAUCAGCAUUCCAAAAAACUUAUUUCCCACGAUAUUCACAGCAAUGUCUACAAUUACAAAUUUACGUUUAGCGUAGAAAUCGUUCCUAUAUCCAAAGACAGUGUUGUAUGUCUUUCAAAGAAAAUGACACAAAUAUUGGCUGGCAUUUCGCCACUCUGUCUAGUGUACAGAGUGACAAAUACGUUGCAUUUAAUUGAUCCAACAAGUGGGCAAAUUGCUGAAAUCAACAGCAACACUUACUGGAGAAAUCAAUUCAACGCGAUAUUUAAUCCUAAACAGUUAGUAGAGUAUGUUGUCAUGGAUAUUGAACCGAUCCUGGAUAAAGAUAGGAAGUUUUUUCCUGGCCAAGGGAAUAUAUCGAACCGUCAUAUCUUGGCCGAUAUUUGGCUGGUAAAAGCUUCAGAAUUAGGAAUUAAUGACAAUACUAUACAUACCAGAACGCACUUAGGCCAUAUAUUGAAGCCUGGCGACUCUGUUAUGGGAUAUAAUUUGGAUGAAAGUAACGUUAACGAUUCGAACUUUGACAAACUAAACAAAGAAAACAUACCCGACGUUAUCUUAGUGAAAAAACAUUUUGGUGAUGGAGCUCACAAAAAAAGAAGCCAUAGGAUUUGGAAACUGAAGAGAUUGGCGGAGGAAGACACAGGAAGCGUCGACGGAAAAGAUUUUAAUGAAUUUAUGGACGAUCUAGAGGAAGAUCCGGAACUAAGAAGGAAUGUGAACAUAUUUAAAGACAGUAAAGCAACUCCUGUCGAUGAUAAUGAUGUUAAUUAUGAUCCUAACGAACCCCGUAUCACGUUGGAAGAGAUGUUGGAUGAUUUAACUGUCGAUGAUGUUGAAAUGGCCGAAUAAAAAAAAGUAAAAUCAAUAUAUAAGAUUAAUAUACUUGUAUUUUAUUUUAACAAUUUAGAGUUGUACUUGUUUCAACUGAAGUAAUACAACAGAUUAUUGUUUUUUUACAGUUA